UUGGAGCUGCAGGAGGAGAGAGCUCAGAGCAGAGCGGCUGCAUCACAGUGAGUUGUUUAUGGUUCCUGGUGCGUUGAAGAUCUCGGACCGCAGCAGAUGGAGGCCGAGUCCACGUUGUUGCGCCGGUGCCACCGCUCGGUGCCUGGGCUAAACCGCCCUGCCAGGACCUAAACUACCUGGGCUGUUGGGAAUACAAAAAUCUGCGUUCACUGCUAGAAUGUUUCUUGUGAAUGUCCCUCCUGUGGUAUCUCUCCAGAAACAAUGGGCACCUUUUGGGCAGACAGCAUCUUGUAGACUACCAGUUUAUUUCUCAGAGUCUGAAGAGGAUAUUACUGGGACUCGUGUCUGUGCACAAGUGAAAGGAAUUAUAAAUAAUCUCCAGAGCGAUGAAUCUUCUCUUGAUGUGACCAGUGAAUAUGAGUGUAUUAUGCAGAAGAACAGAAAGGGGGAGCUUAACAUAGACAGAGGACUGAAGAACUGUCCUUCCAUUAUUAAAGGACAUACACGUGACAGUGCAACCCUUGUUGUCCCUGCUCAGUUUAAAGAACACACAGAAGAUAGUUCUCAGCUUGGACCACUUAUACUGGAAUCAGAUAGUGAUGAUUCAGUUGACAGAGACAUUGAGGAAGCCAUUCAAGAAUAUCUAAAGACAAAAAGCAACACUGACACUUCUUCUCAAGAACAAGCAAAGGCCCCCAGCACUUCCCCAAAGCUUGAUUUGCUGAAACUUGGUCAGAAGAGUGUUUUGAUUAGUACAUGUCCUGCUCCGCAAACAUUGGUUAGUAGUAGUGACACUUCCAGUAGCUUCGGGUUACAAAACAAUCCAAGGAGUGUUUCUCCUGCCAGCGUGAGCAGUGAUGAUUCUUUUGAACAGAGCAUCAAAGAUGAAAUUGAGCAAUUUCUAAAUGAGAAAAAGCAACAGAGUACCAAAAAUGAAAUUGCUUCAGUUAAGAAGAAUGCUCAUAAUGAAACUCCAGUUAAACCAAAGGUAAGAAUAAGCAAGAUAUGUGAAAAGCAAACUUUGAAGCAUGGAAGCAAGCAAUUGUUUGUAGGACAGCAUUCUGAAUCUCCUACUCUACUAGCCAAAUGUCCCAAGCCUAAAGUGGAGAGUUUCCAAAAUUCUAACAAUAGAACUCAAUCAAAGUCUAAAUUACCAAGCAUAAAUGAGAAACCAUGCAUUAUCCAGACUGUGAAGGAAGAACUUUCUGACUCCAGCAGUGAUGAUGGCAUUGAGGAAGCCAUUCAACUUUACCAACUGGAAAAGAACAGGAAAGAGGGUAAUCUUAGUAUAACUCUGAAUGUCCCUCCCAUAAAGGAGGAAAAGGUAAAAACUUCUGUUGAAGCUACGAUAAACGUAGGUCCUUGUGGGGAAAAACCCUCCUCUCCUAAAGUUUAUAAAAAACCUGAAAACCGAAAAAGAAAAAUUUUGCACUGCAAACCAACUGCAUUUAAAGAUAACCAGAACUGCCAGGACUUAACUGCUAAAAGACUCUUUUCUUCUGAAAAUGACGGGAAUCCAAAAUGUCAAACUGGAAUUAAAACGACCUACAGGGUUGAAACGGCUGCAGAGUUGAUGUGCGCAGAAGCCAUACUUGACAUUUCAAAGACUAUUUUCCCUUCCCACCCAGAAGGUACUUACACAGUUAAACAGGAAAGUCCAAUUCCUUCAUCAGAACCUGUACAACCGCAGUGUGGUAGCGACAGCUCUAUAGACAGUGAUGACAGCAUAGAGCAAGAGAUAAGAUCAUUUUUGGCUCUCAAGGCACAGGCUGAGAGUACAAGUACAGCUCCUGUUAAACAAGAGCCUUUAUCUUCUCAGAGUAUCAACCAGCCAUCUCUUUCCAAAGCAAAACUUUCUCUCACUCAGAAGAGAAAACUAAAAGAGGAGAACACGUUUCUGCAUCAAGACGGACCACAAAUAAGUUCUUCACAGUCUUCAAACGUCUACAACAGUGGAGAAAUAGUUAAGGAUCUACAGCCAGAAGGAAAUGUACAGAAAGACAGUGUAAUUAAUACUGAUGGGCUAUCGCAAUUGCAAUGUCUGUCAGACAUUAAUAGACAGACUGGCCAUGAGGCUUUAGAUUCUAUAAAAGUGCUUAAGUCAUCAACAGUACUGAACAGAGAUAAAAGGAAGUUCUUCAAUCAAACCAGGAGUUCUGGGAGUGGAGAUAAAAGUAGCUCACUAGACAGCGAUGAAGACCUUGACACUGCAAUAAAGGAUCUUCUGAAAUCAAAAAGAAAAUUAAAAAAGCGACCCAAAGAUACUAGGCCACAGUGUAAGAAAAAGGUCAGGUUUGGUGAGAUUACAACCAAACCACUGGAAAUAUUUGAUGGGUCUGACCAAAAGGAUAUCUUAAUGAAAAAUACCCCUUUUAUCAAAAGUUGCCUUGUAAAUCCCAUAAAUAGAGAGAACCCUUUAAAAAAGACAAAGACUAUCUUAAAGCGAACGGAAGAAAAGCAAAAACAAGUGACUGUUGGAAGUAGCAGCAUAGUCACCACUUCUAAUAGCAGUAAAGAUUUUGAAAUAAAACCAAUUAGUGCCUCAGACGAUAUGACAUGCAACAGCAAAAAUGCUAAAGCACGUGCCUUCUCAGAUGCACAGGACAGUAGCUCUGUGGACAGUGAUGACAGCAUAGAGCAAGAAAUAAGGAAGUUCUUGGCUGAACGAGCCAGGGCAUCAGCAGAACUAGCUGCCGCACAAACAGUGCCCUCUGUUUUAGGUUCCACUGUUGAAAAAGUGAAGGAUACUCGGUCUUUUAAAGAGAAUGAUAGAGGGUUGUCACUGCCUGUGACGGUUGUCCAUGCUGCUGAGGUAAAGAGUCCUUCUGCGACAAAUGCGCAGGCUGCGGCAGUUCAUCAGUUAACUGACACUAAACAGAACUUAUCUCACAUUGGGCAGUUAUAUCACCGGCCCAUUGAACUGAGCAAGGGUGCAAACCCAGUGAUUAAGCAGGAACCUUUAAUAGUAAAAAACGACUUUUUUGUAGAUCAAAACCAUGUUCUUAAGCCGAGUGAGGCUUGUCUCCAGACUGCACAUGGCAGAGUAGUUCUGAAAACUGACGUUAAUGGUUCUCAGGGCAAAACCCAUUUACCCAUUUCUGGAAAUUUUGUGGCAGGUCUUAAAUAUGUUUCUGGAACAGAAGCAAAACUGGUUUUAAAUACUGUUCCCUCCAGGGUUUCCAGUGAUGUCCAACUUUAUAAAACAGGAGUAGAUGUUACAAAAUUGGGAGGCUGUCAGCCCGUUUUGAAAAAAGGAAUUGUUUUGGAAAAGUCCAGAGACCUACAGUCAUCUAACAUUGCUCCUAAAAUACCUUUGGUUCGCUCUGGUGUGUAUUUGCUCACCACAAAAGUGUGUAAAGAAAAUUCUCCUUCUUUGUGUCUCCCUGUUAGUGCAGCUUCCCAUGAAACUGGCAUUAAUGUAAUGAGCAUUCAAUACCGUUGUGGUCAGGCAGAUACAAACACGUCACCAUGUGUUGACUUGGUGUCCCUUCAGCAACACAAAAGGGUUGAAAUUAGGGAUGUUAAGUUAUUAAGCACAGAAAAUACCCCAAGUAAGGCAGGAGAGGUUCUUUCCCUUGAUACCAAAACAAAAAUGUAUAAUACAGCGAGAGAAGUUGUAGAGUACGAAAGCAGACCAAGUAAUAUUAAUGAGGAACCCCAGGAAGAUUUAGAUGCAGGCUCUGGUAGAAAUGUGAAGGAGAGCUCACAAGAGCAAGGAAAGGUUUCUAAUUUCUCCCACUUUAGUACAUCAAUUGAUCCUGGUUUAACAGUGCAGCCUUAUAUACUUCUAUCUCCUGAGCAAAUUUAUAGACAUUAUAGGCGUUCUGGUUGCCUUAGAAACGCUACAAAGUCACAACAGAUAUCAUAUACCGUAAAGGCUGACAUAUAAUGGUCUCGUAACUACAGGACCCACCAUUGUGACAUGCUAAAAGAACUAAACUGGCUGUCACUGGAAUCCAGACGCACCCUCCAUCUUUCCUGCCUUGUGUUUAAGAGCCUUUCUGGGAAGCUCCCACCCUA